CACCCCCCCCCAGCUGCGGUCUCGGGUCCGGUCCAGUGCCUCAAGAGGGGCGAAGAAAGGAGGUCAUCAUGACCGCCGAAGAAGGGAAGGCCGAGGAGAUGAGCGCGGCGCCGGAGGGAGAGGGAGGAGUAGACAUUUCGCCCAAGAGCGACGGUGGAGUCCUCAAGAUUAUCAAGAAAGAAGGGACAGGGACAGAAUGUCCCAUGAUAGGUGAUAAAGUGACUGUUCAUUAUACUGGGUGGCUUCUAGAUGGCACAAAGUUUGACUCAAGCCGGGACAGAAAGGACAAAUUCUCAUUUGACUUUGGGAAAGGUGAAGUUAUCAAAGCAUGGGACAUUGCUGUAGGAACGAUGAAAAUUGGAGAGGUUUGUCAAAUUACCUGCAAACCAGAAUACGCCUAUGGCUCUGCUGGCAGCCCCCCAAAGAUACCUCCCAAUGCCACACUAAUUUUUGAGAUAGAACUGUUUGAGUUCAAGGGGAAAGAUCUCACAGAUGAAGAAGAUGGGGGAAUAAUCCGAAGAAUCCGUAAAAAAGGAGAAGGCUACUCCAAACCCAAUGAGGGAGCCCUAGUGGAGAUUGAGAUAGAGGGUUGGCAUGAAAACAGAGUAUUUGACAAACGAGAGCUGCGGUUUGAAGUAGGAGAGGGAGAAAACUAUGACCUUCCUCCAGGCCUAGACAAAGCACUGCAAAAAAUGGAGAAGACAGAAGAGUCUGUGAUCUAUCUCAAACCCAGCUAUGGCUUUGGAAGUGCUGGGAAACCGAAGUUUCAGAUCCCUCCAGAUGCAGAACUACGGUAUGAAGUCAAACUCAAAAGUUUUGAAAAGGCUAAGGAGUCCUGGGAAAUGAACACUGAAGAGAAGCUGGAGCAAGGUUCUAUUGCAAAGGAAAAGGGUACCCAGUAUUUCAAAGAGGGAAGAUAUAAACGUGCAACUUUACAGUAUAAGAAGAUUGUAUUGUGGCUGGAGCAUGAAACAGGACUCUCUGAUGAGGAGGAGGCAAAGGCCAGAAACUUGCGGCUUGCUGCCCAUCUUAACCUGGCCAUGUGUCAUCUGAAGCUGAAGGAAUAUUCCCAAGUCUUGGAGAAUUGCGACAAGGUAAAUGGCAUUUGAAAUACCAAAAAGAUG